AUGAAAGCCACAACUCUCAACCCUGUGAAACUUGUCCGCGGGUGGAACAAGUUGUAUGACGUUUCAUUACCACAAAUCGGCGCUAUCAUCACUGAUGUUAAGGGCUGGACAAAGCCCUUAACACUUAAUGACCGCAUUUUUAAGGUCCUUGGAUCCUAUGCAUACCGCGGAGGCAUGUCACUCCUUCCCAAGGACAUGAACAGAUUCAAACAGCUUAUCAUUAUUAGGAAAAUGCCCAUGAGCCUCAAAACCUUUGGGAAGUACUUAAAAGCUGCUGCGGAUGAUGGCGAUGAGGAAGCAGUCAAGAUGAUGCUCAGGGUAUUGCAAAAGACAAUCAGAGUGUUCAACUAUCUCAAUGAUGCUGGCCUGGCGAACUCUUUUAAUCAGGCGCGUCUACUUCUGGCCAAGGAAAUUGAAUAUGCAGAUCAAUAUAUGCCCAAGUUGAAAGGUAUUCUUGCCAUCUGGAAAGAAUUUGAGCCACCCUUGGUCAUAAAAUUCGGCAGACCAAGUCAGACGAUGACUUUGCUUUCAAGCUGA